CCGCAUUAUUUUCAAGAAAGCGAUAAAAGAUCUGCAAGUGAUGCUCAGUUGAUUGCAUCCACAGAUAGCGUCGUGAAUUCGAGAGAUAGCGCCACACAUACGCAGAAUUAUGACAACACGAAACCGGACACUAAAAAAUCAAGGUAUUAUUACUCGAAGAUGAACAAAUACAGUAUUUGUCAUUAAAAAUUUAUACUAAAAGGAAACACUUGCCGAACGCCCCUACUCCAUAACCGCAAUAGUUAAACCCGAAGCUACAUGCUCCCAAAUAUUAACUAGUUGUAAUGAUUUAAAGUUUGACAAAAAUGAUGUUGUUAUUUUAGCCGUUGGAAUGAAUGAUAAAAAUCCUUACUUAUUAUUUUCGGAGUUAAGUAUAGCUUUAUAUAAAUUAAGACAUUCUAAAGUUUUUAUUAUUAAUGUGCAAUUUAAUCCUUAUUUAAAAAAAGAUUUAUUAAAUUAUAAUAUAAAAUUAUUAACUAAAAACUAUCCCAAUUGUAAUUUUCUAGAAAUAAAUACUAAGAAUUUUUUGACAAAUAGAAACCAUUAUUUAAAUCAAUUAUGUAUGAAAAUAAAUUGUGAAAUUGACUAUAUUACAUACUAUAACGAGUAUCUUGCACCACAACAAAUUAAAAAAAGGUUAUUAAAAAGUAUGAAAUUGAACAAUCAUUUAAAUAAAUCUAAAAAAAAUAAAAUAACUCUGAUACAGAAAACUAUACCGUUCUACUUUAGAAAAAAGGUAAUAGAUAAAUUAACGGUUAGCCCAAAUGAUAAUUUUUUUCGUAUGCAGAAAUCGAGUUGCCCUAUUUCAUCAGAACAUAGCGAGCAUUCUAAGCAAAUGUGAUUUAUUUGAAAUAGCAUUAGAAGAACUUAAAAAUGAAUUAGGGGAUAUUGACAUAAUAUGUUUAACCGAAACAUUCAUGAAACAAGGUUCGCAGUGUAAUCUGAAUAUAAAGGGUUACUAUAUAGCUUCCGCGUUUUGUAGGACAGA